CUCCCUCCCUCCCCUGCCCCGGCGUCAUCAAGCCCGCUCUGCCCCGCCGCAGCCCCUGCCCUGUCUCCUCUCAUCCUCUGGCUGGCGCCAACUCACACGCACAAACCGCACGGCUGGGCAGUAGCAGUAGUAGCAGUACAUGCUCUGCUUCCCGCGGCAGGAGCCAUUCCCAUUCCUAUCGCCGGCAGCCCAAGCCCCCCUCCGUCUCCCUAUAAAACCCCCUCGCCGCCUCCACUCACAGAGUCACAAGCUCGACCACCAACCCAGCUCGCUCGUCCCAGCUGAUCAGGUCGAGCACCUAGUAGCGACCUGCUCGAUCAUCAGUGUAGAGUGUCGGUAGGUGUCUGUCUCUCUUGGUGGCUGGUUGCAACGGUCAUGGCGACGUCGUCUCGUCGGGUGCCCUUGCUGCUGCUGUGCCUGGGCGUGCUGGUGUCCUGCUCCUUCGCGGCGGGCAGCUUGGACCAGGAGCUGGACAUCACGUGGGGCGACGGGCGGGGCAAGGUCCUUGACAACGGGCGGCUGCUGACGCUGUCGCUGGACCGCACGUCCGGCUCCGGGUUCCAGUCCCGGCACGAGUACCUGUUCGGCAAGAUCGACAUGCAGCUGCGGCUGGUGCCGGGCAACUCCGCCGGCACCGUCACCGCCUACUACCUGUCGUCGCAGGGCGGCGCGCACGACGAGAUCGACUUCGAGUUCCUGGGCAACGUGUCCGGCGAGCCCUACACGCUGCACACCAACGUGUUCACGCGGGGGCAGGGGCAGCGGGAGCAGCAGUUCCGCCUCUGGUUCGACCCCACCGCCGACUUCCACACCUACUCCAUCCUCUGGAACCCCAAGCACGUCAUGGACUUCCGCAACCUGGAGAGCAAGGGGGUGGCGUUCCCCAAGAGCCAGCCGAUGCGGCUCUACUCCAGCCUGUGGAACGCGGACGACUGGGCGACGCAGGGCGGGCGCGUCAAGACGGACUGGUCCCACGCCCCCUUCUCCGCCUCCUACCGCGGGUUCAAGGCCGACGCUUGCGUCGCCGUCGCGGGCGGCCGGACCCGCUGCGGCGCCACCGUCGGCACCGAGGGCACCGGCGCCCCCGCCUCCGCCGCCGGCGCCGGGGACUGGUACAACCAGGAGCUGGACCUCACCCUGCAGCAGCGGAUGCGCUGGGUGCAGCGCAAGUACAUGAUCUACAACUACUGCACCGACCCCAAGCGCUACCAGCAGGGCCUCCCCGCCGAGUGCUCCAUGCAGUAGCGCCCGGUUAUUCCUCGCCCGUCCAACAAUGGCGCGCGCGCGCGUGUGUGUGCAUGUGGUCCGCUCUACUGCUACCGCUACGACGAUCGGUGUCGAUCACCGGAUCAAGGCAAGACGAAAGGCAUCGAAACAUGGUAGAUAAAUAAAGGACUUGACGAUUUGUAACGCAGUAGCUGGUGCGUGCGUGGUGUGGUGGUAAGAAAUUCUUCUGCUGCCUGUGUUCUUGUAGCCUCCUCGUCCUCGCCCACCCUGUUGGUACGUGUACGGUGUACGUAGUCUGCCGCCGCGCGCUGUUCGUGUUCGUCGUGUCUCGUGUCUGUAUUAUACUCGUCCUCCCCAUCAAAAAAAAAGUUGUUCCAUGUA